AUGGAACUACUCCACGUGAUCAUUAAAUCCGGUCCAUCACCUCGUCCUCUGGCGUGGUCUUUAGAAGUCUCGUCGUCAGAGAACGGUGAAGACUGGCGAAUGAUUAGAGCUUUCGGCGACAGGGAUCACUGCCGGAAGCUUUGGGACUUGAGACCUGAAAGGAGAAGACGCAAGGCCAGGGCAGCAAAAAGAACCAACAGAGCUGAUAAACCUGCAUGUUCCACACAAUUUGUUAGUCCAAGGCCAUUGGAAAACGGAGAGAUGCACGUAGGCAUAGGUGAGGGUGUGUCGGCUAGGCGCGUACGCAUCUCGUUCCGUGCCCCUCACUCCAGUGCUCCUCGGCAGCAGUACUACACAGUACGCGCUCUUACGCUUGCAGCCAGGUGCCUUUGCCACGGACAUGCGGAAAAGUGCGAUGUGGAUGCUGAGGGAGCAAAGUGCUCAUGUAUCCACGGGACGUGCGGGAGUCACUGUCACCGUUGCUGUUCGGGGGCACCGUGGGCGCCGCACCAAGUUUGCGCGGCGGACGCCCGGCCCGACUGCGAAUGCGGGGACCGGGGUGCUUGCUCCUACGAUGACACAGGCGCUAUACUCUGCGUUAACUGCACGGAGAACCGAGCUGGUCCUCUAUGUGACAAGUGUUUAUUUGGAUAUUACAACAGCCUACCUGACGGACCCUGUCUGCCUUGUGACUGCGAUCCUCAAGGCUCUGAUGGAUCUUGCGUAUGGAACAGAAAGUACCACCAGACAGUUUGCACCUGUUUCCCUGGAUUUACUGGACACUUGUGUGACGUCUGCGAGGAUCCUGACGCCGUGUAUCCGAACUGCCAGAUCGUCACCCCUCCCACCUGCAAGUGUGAUCCAAGGGGAAUUGUUGACUCAACCAAGGUCUGCGAUGAAGUUUGCGAAUGCAAGGCAAACGUUGUGGGCGAACGUUGUGACGCAUGCGCUCCCGGUCACUACGGGCUGAGUGAACAUCUACCUGCUGGCUGCAGACCCUGCUACUGCUCACACAUCACUGACUCCUGUACCCUAGCCACUGCUGAUGAACAGGAACCUUCUAGAGAUAUAAUAUUGCCGUUAGGAGAAACUUGGCUGAUCACCGAUUCUCAAGCCAAUGAGACGUUGGAGCCCUCUAUCGAUGAGCAAGGACAACCUUUCGUUAUUAGUUACGAGGUAGAAGGAUGGGAGUAUUUCUACUGGAUAUCGAACUCAUUCUCCGGGGAACAGCUGUCAGCGUAUGGUGGCGAAGUCCAAGCGUCGCUGUACUGGGGCAUCGUGAGAGGGGAUACAGGCGAUAAUCCCACUUACGGACCUGAUGUUAUUCUUAUUGGAGGUGAUGGUACAAAACUCGCCUACUCAAACACGAGCCACGAGACUCCUGGACAACUACAGAUCUCAGUGCCAUUGGUGGAAGGGAGCUGGUUAGUCAUGGGAGAGGAACCGGAGCUGGCCAGCAGGAUACAGCUGAUGGACGUGCUCAGAGACGUGAAGGGCAUCAUGUUGAAGGCUCAUUACCAUUUUGAUCAAGAUGAGGUACGGCUCGAAGGCGUGUCCGUGCACGGCCCCACCGAGGUGGUGGGCGAGCGCUGCGCGUGCCCGCGCGGCUACACGGGCGCGCACUGCUCGCGCUGCGCCUGGACACACGUGCGCGCGCACCGCGCCCGCGUCGAGUGCGUGCCCUGCGCCUGCAACGGACACGCGCGCUGCGAUAUUGUGGAUGGACCGUGCGGUCCCUGCCAGCACAACACUACAGGCCCACACUGCGAGCGAUGUCUUCCUGGACACUACGGCAACCCAGUUCAGGGAGCUUGCAAACCUUGCGCGUGUCCUCUGUACGAAGCGGGCAAUAAUUUCAGUCCAAACUGUGCCUUAGCCAGCGCCGAAGGAGACGAGUACGUGUGCACCCAGUGUCCUGAUGGGUAUACCGGGGAUCAUUGCGAGAACUGCGACUUCGGGUACUGGGGCUCGCCCACGACAGCGGGCAGCUCGUGCCAGGAGUGCGCGUGCGGCGGCUCGCCGUGCCACCCCACGUCGGGGCUGUGCCUCACGUGCCCGCCGCACACCGAGGGCGCGCGCUGUGACCUCUGCAAGGAGGGCUAUUGGCGCGCGGGGUCGGGCGGCGCAUGCGCGGCAUGCGCGUGCGGCGCGGGUGCGCUGUCCGGCGCGUGCGACGCGCGCUCGGGGCAGUGCGCCUGCCGCCCCGGCUGGGCCGGCCGCGCCUGCGACUCUUGUGCCCCGAGACAUGGCGGUUUGUCUGCUGGGUGUCCAUCAUGUCGGUGCGGCACAGCGGCUAUCAAUGAUACGUGUGACCCGAUCACGGGGGAGUGCGCGUGCGCAUCUGGCGCAGCACCGCCAUCUUGCGACACGUGCCUCGACGAGCAUUACGGGCUUAACACUACCGGCUGCUUAGGUAAGUCUUUUAAUAGUUCAACUUUGUGCUCAUAG